AUGGCCUCUCUUGCCGCUUCUGUAGUGGCUACUUUAUUAGUUACGUCCUCUUGCACCCUGCUAACAUCAAUCACCAUCUGCCUGGCUGGGUGUCCGCUAGCAGCAACGGCCGCCCAUGUUAGCGUUGACUGCGGCGGUGUGUCAAGACGUGCUUAG